AUGGCCGCCGCCUGCUCCGCGCCUUCGCGGCACCUCUGCUGCGCCGCGCCGCUGCUGUCUCCCUCCGCCGCCGCGACGCCCACCCGCCGGAGCGUCGGGUACGGCCACGACACCUCCUCCACCCGCCGGUGGCCGUGCCGCCGGUGGGCUCACGCGCCGCCCCGGAUCCGGUGGCCCACGCCUCGCUCGAAGGCAUCCAGGGUGAGCUGCGCCUACAAAACCGGCGCUGAACCGAUAACUGCAUGUUCCUGGAACCAAUAUGUUAUCUGCAGUGAUGUACCUGUGCUCGUUGAGUUUUGGGCCUCAUGGUGUGGACCUUGUAAAAUGGUAGAUCGAAUUAUCAACGAGAUUGCGGAAGAGUAUGGUGGAAGGAUAAAGUGCUAUAAGCUUGACACUGACGAUUACCCACAAACUGCAACAUCUUACAAUAUUGAGAGGGUUCCGACUGUUUUACUAUUCAAGGAUGGAGAGAAAAUACAUAGUAUUACUGGAACACUGCCCAAAGCUGUUUAUGUGAGGGCCAUCGAGAAAUCUUUCUUGGAACAAUGAUCGCUACUGUUAGAACGUUAUAUUGUUGCUUGGUCCGGAUUCAUAUUACCAUAUACUUGAUUUAUCGAUGCCAGUUGGUGCAAAGAGUAUGGAAGGUAAAGUAGGAGUUACAACUUACAAUGUGAGCUUCUUGUAUAGACAUAUGCUGUACGCGUUAUCCUUUUGCUAUGCAUCUGUAAUGUAAAUAUUGAUGUACCUCUGGAUUAAUAUAAACCAGAUUGCUGAACUUUAUUUUUAUUUUUUCAAAGGCUGUAAUGAAUCACGAUUGCUAUCAUUGAUGUGAAACAGGGUUGCAUAUUUGAGGCC